UCGCCGCACACAAUAUUUGUCUAUAAUAAUAGAUAUUAUUAUCAAAUACCAUAAUAUUAUAGUUUCGCCACUCCAGUUCGGUUUCGUUUUCGCGAUUUAUUUAUAAUUAUUGUUCGCGGGUUCCGUGACGUCGCUGCGUGUAUUAUACGCGAUUUACAACAACGGUUUUAUAAUAAUUUAUCCGGUGACUGCGAUAGUACAAUAUUACCGGGUUCAUUGAAUUCUCGUGUUUUCCAAGUUCGGGAGUACUUACGGCGCCGGUCGCGUUCAGGACAUGUGCUGUUGAUGACUCCGGUCGCGGAUAGCAUGAAAUCCAUAGCACUGUUGCGCACCACCACCACCAACAACAACAACAAGAGUUGUUACUACGGCGGUUACCCGACCGAUCUGAGCGGUUACGCCGCGGCCUCUAGGUGCCGAUCGCCCCGGAGUCCGGUGCCCGACGACACGGACGACAUAAGCGUCGGCAGGCCGUCGCCACCAGCGUCGGCCGAGUGUUAUGCCCGGCUGCACGAUGACGGCGGCGGUCAUGGGUCCGACACGUCGUCGUCCGGCGGCGGUUCCGAUUACUUCGAACCGCUGAAGAAGUUGGGCACGGUGCAGAUCGACAAGGUGAGCUAUGGCAUUAGCGAUCGCAAGAGCUAUGCACCCAAACGUCGGGCGCACAGGCAGCAGCAGCAGCAUCAUCAGUUGUUGUUGUCGCCGCCUCCACUACCGCUGCAGCUGGACGGCUGCCCGGCGUCCGGUCGYGUCGACAUGAUGACGAUGACGACGACCACGCAGCAAGUUGGCCGGACCAUUCCCGGUUCGUCGUCCGUUACCGAGGAAGCACAGCCCGCGGCCGGCGUCAAGUCAUUCAGCAUCGCCGACAUACUUAGCCACGAACCGUCGUCGGCGGGUGGCAAACAACCGUCGGCCACAGGUGCCGACGACGUGGCCAAGAUCGUCAGACCCUGGGCUGAGGAGUAUCAGCCGCCGUGCAGCUCGUUCGUGCAUCCACCGCCACCUCCUCCACCUCCCGCUCACCGACAGCCCGUGGUCGGUGCCYUGUUYCCGCACUCGCUGUUCAUACAGCACCUGCARCAGCAGCAACACCAUCACCAUCACCAGCAGCACCAGCACCAACAUCACCACCAGCACCGACCAAAAUCUGCCGACUACGAGACGUCCACGUGCACCAGCGGCCGGUCCAGCACGGACGGAAGCGAGUGUUGCACGAGCCCGGAAAUAGCGAGUUGCACCCAGUCAAACCCGUCGUCGUCGUCAGCGGCCGCCGCCAGGAAGCAGCAAUCGGCCGGCAAGAACAACGAUAACUCGUCACCGCUGGAUGCGCUGUUCCAGAUGACCAGCAAGACGUUCRAUCAACUGCACGGCGAUCCGUCCGGAGCCGAUACCAGUUCCAGUCAUCUGAACCUGUUCAACUCUCGGUCGCAGCCCAAAAAGAAGCGCAAGUCGCGCACCGCGUUCACCAACCACCAGAUAUUCGAGCUGGAGAAACGAUUCCUGUACCAGAAGUACCUCUCGCCGGCCGACAGGGACGAGAUCGCGUCCAGCCUGGGCCUGACGAACGCACAGGUCAUCACGUGGUUCCAGAACCGCCGGGCCAAGAUGAAACGCGACUACGAGGAACAGAAGAAGGACCGGGAGACGCUGGCCGCGCUCAGCGAGCACAAGAUAUUCUUGGAGACGGCCCAGAACAUGGGAAUACUCAAGAAGAAACCGCAACCGGCAUUGGCGGUGUCGGCCGCGUGCGGUUCGCCCACCGAUCACCUGUUGCAGCAACAGCAACAGCAACAGCCGGUCAAGUACGACGAAUGAACAUUUUCGUAGGUUAUUGCGCGAAUGUAUUAUAUAUAUAUAUAUAUAUAUCAUACAUUAAAGUUUAUUAUGAUAAUAUUAUAUUAUCUGUUAUUCGUGGUCGUCGGCAAAAUCAGCAGUCGUGUCUGUAGCAGCUGCACAUAAAAUGCAACACUGCACGAUGCAAUAUAAUGUUCAGUCUAUAAUAAUUUUAUAAUAAUAAUUAUAGGUGUUUCGUUAAAACAAAUAAUAACGUUCCUCGUAGGUUUUCUAAAUUUUCUGAAAAAAAAAAAAAGAUCUUAAUUAUGUAAGCACGAGGCGCAUCCCUAAGACAGUGUGGUUGUAUAGUUGUUAUCGAAGAGUCUUCCGACGACACCACGCGACCACGAUACCCAUCGCCCAUAAYCCGUGCUGUGUUAGACAAUGGUAUUGAGAUCUCAUUUUUUUUAAUUUUUCUUUUUCGUGGCAUCGUAGCAGUAAGCGUAACCCACACGAUGAUGAAAUCGGCGUGUGAAAACGUAGUGUUUACUGUUUAGUAUUUAUUUUCCGAUCGGUCGCCAUGGACGAGAAUCAAACGAUUUAAAAUAAUAAUAUUUCGGCCGCUGUGUUUAUUUAUAGUAUAAAAAAGUAGGUAUAUUGAUCCAGGUGGAGAUGAUGUGAUGGUGGUCCGAAACUGCCAACAAAACAUUCGAUUGGCUCGUGCGUCCUAGUCUUUCUCACUAUAUUUUAUAUACGGUUACUAUGUUAUUAUUAUCAUUAUCCAUACAAAAUAAAUCAUAAAAUAUAAAUAA